CAAAUUCCGAUACAAAAUCGAAAUUGCUCUCACCUACCUCCACCCAAGUGUCGGACGACCCGAUUAAUGAUAGCAUAGAUGACGAACCCGAACUUGAAAGACGAAUGUCUUUGGUGCCCAAGGUUGAAAGCGGAAAAUUAGAUGGCAAACGAGCCAUAAAGAACACUAUAAAACGCAAGACCAGUAGGUCAUUAUCAAUGGACAGUGCAGCUCGAUCGCCUACUAUCAGUUCCGGAUUUGGAUUUGGUGUUGGUAUCGGCAUUUCAAGUGGUCGUGCGGCCGGACAGUCACAGCAUUUUAGGCCUUACUUGAAAGAAUCAGUGGCUGCAAAGUCCACUACUCAAAGACCACGCGCAAUGUCUAUUUCGGCAUCAAAUGGAGCGAAAAAGACCUCGGUGGCGACGACUACACUUCCACGCGGUACCGGUCAAACCCUGAUAAGCAAAAGGUUGAGCAUUGGUGGUAAUUCGAAAUAUAUUUGGAUGGGUAAAAUGGGAAACUUUAAAAUGAUUUCUGAUGAUGAUGAACUUUCGAAUGAACGCAAAGAUGAUCAUAUUAACGAAGAGGAGGAAGAUCAAGAGAGUGAGGGUAUUGAAACUGAUGAAAGUGCUCAAAAGAGAGGAGUUAAUUCCAGUUUUGAUCAAUCAGCAACUGACAUGUCAAGAUCCUGCGAUGUUGAACUAUCAACAGAGCAAGUUUGUGAUGCUGGAUCAACUGAGUCUAACCAAAGUGAUCAAGAAGAUUCAUUGCCCCAGUCUCCGGUGUCCGCAUCUCUGGAACGCGAGGAAAAUUUCCUUCGUCAACUGGGCUGGCAAAAACCGUAUGACAAUGACGACAGUCAAUGGGCAAUUACCGAAGAAGAAAAGCGUUUGUUCAUCAACCUGGUUUGUGCUUUGAAUGGUAUUUCUGUUAACGAAAGGAAUGGAUUUGACUCUGAGAAAGCUUUGUCAAACGGAGAAAUUAACC